CUUGUUUGAUGUAGGGUACGAACAAUAGUCAUAACUCUCGCAUAACCAAAAGGCUCGCUCCUUGGCCGAGACCGGCUUCAAUCACGUACCCACUGGGAACGGCGUUCUGCCAUUGAUGACAAUAGUAGUCGAAUGGUUAUGAUUCUGAGGAAAGCCCUAAGAUUUGUCAGGCCCAACUCUGUUCGCCUUCCAGUGACGUUUCCAAGGCAGGAGAUGUUGUAGGAUGACAGUGGUCUAAAUCUCAAGGCAUCUGCGGCGUAUCAAGGAGUCUGCUCGGCCGAUUGCUUGGGCUGAGAGCCAGCCUCUGGGUAUUCAGUGGUUGUCGAAGACAAGGCUGAGCACUAUAAACUUUUUUCUAACCAAGUGAGCGACCUACAGACACAUGGCAGCAAAAGCUGUUGAUCGAGAGCGUCCUAAGCCCAAGGAUACACGUCCAGGGAAGGAGACAGCAUCAUCAGGAUCGUCUCGUAUUGCCUACUUCCGACUGUUGGCUUACGCCGCUGCAACAUGGACGGACAUUUGUCUGAUGGCGGUCGGGACCACGUGUGCCAUCGCUGCUGGCGUACCAUAUCCCUUGAUGGCAGUUUUAUUUGGAGAGCUCGUCAACGAUCUCAACGGUGCUUCUUGUGAGGUAGAAAUCUCUGGCAAUGCCUUGGUUUAUGAAGAUGCCAUCAACGAUAGAGUGUUGAAACUUGUUUACAUUGCCAUCGCAGCGUUUGCCCUGACUUUCACUCACAUCAUCUGCUGGAGCAUUUUGAGCCAACGCCUUGCAUUUCGACUGAGAGAUGAAUACUUCCAAAGUAUACUGCGCCAGGAUCAAACGUUUAUUGACCAGCAUCAAGAUGGUCAGCUAUCUUCGCGUCUGAGCGGUGACGUCCAAGCUGUUCAAUCCGGAACUUGCGAAAAGGUUGGAAUUUUCAUUGCAAGUCUUUCCUUUUUCGUCUCUGCAUAUGUAGUGGCGUUCACCAAACAAGCGAAGCUUGCUGGGAUUUUGAUAUCGCUUAUACCGGCAUUUCUCCUUGUCGCAAUUGUCGGAGGUGGUUUCUUUCAAAAGUUCUCAACUCGUAUGUCUGACUCUGCCACCAAAGCAGCUGCCAUAGCCUCCGAGGCAUUCUCCAACAUCACUAUUGUGAAAGCGUACAGUGCUGCUCCACGGUUAGAGCGAAAGUUUGCAGAGUGCUCUGAAGUCAGUCGUGGGCAAGGCAUUCGUAAAGGUGCUGUGGCAGCCGUCCAGGCCGGGAUGCUUUACUUUAUUGCCUAUUCGGCAAAUGCUCUCGCUUUUUGGCAGGGCAGCAGAAUGAUUGCAGACAUGCUAAAGGGAAAGAGUGGUGGAACAUCCGUUGGGGAAAUCUACACGGUGAUUUUUGUUCUUGUCGAUGCCUGUGUGGUUUUGGGAUCGACAGCUCCUCUCCUGCCACUCUUCGGAAAUGCGGCCUCGGCUUUCCAUAAAUUGAAACAAGAUAUUGAUAGCAAGUCGUUGCUAGAUGGCACAUUGGAUGAUGGCGACAUGUUGUCUGCUGAAACUCCAGGAAAGCUUGAGUUUUGUAAUGUUUCCUUUAGGUACCCUUCACGACCAGACGACAUGGUGCUGCGAAAUGUUAGUGUUUCGUUUCCUGCAGGAAAACAAACAGCCAUCGUCGGGCCCUCUGGAAGUGGCAAGUCCACAGUUGCAGCUCUGAUUGCCAGACUAUAUGACACUACUGAGGGAAGAAUUCUCUUCGAUGACAAGAGUCUGUCUGACAUCAACAUCAGAAAUCUGAGAGGAUUUACUGCUCUUGUCCAACAAGAACCGUUGUUGAUGAAUCGGUCGAUCCUGCAGAAUAUAGCCCUUGGCCUGAUAAGCUCAUCCAAUCCAGCACAUAAAAGGCUGAAGCAUUACCUGGGAGAAUCUUUGACAUGCAAUUCGGGAAAUCUUCCAGAAAGAGACCAGGUUAUUGUCAACGAGGUUAUUGACCUGGUGAAACAUGCAGCUCGACUUGCGGACGCCGACGGCUUCAUUCGGACUCUUGACAAGAGUUAUGAUACUAUAAUUGGAACCGGCGGCCAAUCCCUCAGUGGUGGGCAAAGACAGAGAAUUGCUCUCGCGCAAGCCCUUGUUCGAGAUCCAAAAGUACUCAUUCUGGAUGAAGCAACGGCUUCUCUUGAUUCGGCGAGCGAACAACGCAUUCAAACUGCUGUCAACAAGCUUGCAAAUACACGAACAGUCAUCUCCAUUGCUCAUCGCUUUUCCACCAUCAGAAAUGCAGACAAUAUCAUUAUACUCAAGGCUGGAGAAGUAAUUGAACAGGGAACGUACGAAGAGCUUGUUUCUCACCCAGGACUAUUUGCUGAUAUGGUCAAAUUGCAAGCCCUCAACAUUUCUCAGCAAAAUCAUGAGGAUUUUUCAUCGACUAUUAGCUCCUUGCAUACCUCGAUAGAUAUCGAUGCAGAGAAAGUGGCUUUGAAGUAUGAUGAUGCUACCUCGAGAGCUCAACCAAAGCUAUAUGAAGAUUCAGGGGGCAACAAAGAUCCCCAAGCAUCGCCAAUUGAGAUUGACUCUGGCCUUUCUCCCUGUAAGAUCAUCAGAAGGGCAACGCCUUUUAUCAGGCCGGAAUUAGGUUGGCUUGUCAUGGCAAUGAUUUCUGCCGUAGUUGUGGGCUUAACAUUCAUUGCCGCAGCCUUGAUCUUUGGGCAUGUGGUGGAUGCACUGAGCCCAUGCAGGGCUACGGUGAGCCGUAUACUGCACCUUGGCCGGUUUUAUGGGGGCAUGCUCUUCAUGGUUGCUGGUGUGGAACUAGGCGCGAACUACUUCAGCUGGUCAUCUUUUGCAGUAGUCGGGGAGAGGCUGUUGUACAGGCUGAGAGUGUUGUCGUUCAAUUCUCUGUUAUCCCAAAACAUUGAGUGGUAUCAGGCCCAGGCUCAUAAUCCCUCAACAUUACUAUCCAUCAUCACAAAGGACGGCAACGCGAUAGCCGGAUUCAGUGGCUCGACAAUGGGUACCAUAUUCUCAAUACUCAUCAGUUUCUGCGCCUCACUGAUCAUGUCACAUAUUGUUGCAUGGAAGAUUGCACUUGUAUGUUUGACUAUGGUGCCUAUUUUAUUGGGAUCAGGUUUGAUGCAGCUCUUCACUCUAUCGCGAUUUGAAGAACGCAACUCGAAAGCAUUUGCAAAAUCGAUCGGCAUCUGCAUGGAGGCAUUGACGUCUUUCAAGAUUGUUGCUACAUACUCUCUUGAGGAUGAAAUCAUGGGCGCUUACAGGCAGGCUUUGAGGAGUCCACGCAAGAAAUUGACAACGGCAAGCAUUUAUACAAAUGUCUGGCUUGCUAUCUCCCUCAGUGUCGGCUUCUUCAUUUAUGCCUUUGCAUACUGGUGGGGCUCGCACCAAAUCAUUCGGGGAGAAAGUUCCCAGAAACAAUUCUUCAUUGUGCUUGUGGCGAUGCUGGUGAGUGCACAAUUAUGGGGCCAGAUGUUCAGUCUUGCGCCUGAGGUCUCUCGAGCUCGUGCAGCUGCUUCUCGAAUACUGUCUAUCAUUGGGAAUCAAAAUUCAUACGGUGAUUCACCAGCGCUGGAGCCGCCGUCAACCUCCACUGGUCAUGAUGUUGAAAAGUCCGCUUCUACUGACACAUCCUCACGAUUGAAAGCAAAACGUGGUGCUCGCGUUGAUUUUUCUGGCGUCAGUUUCGCCUACCCAUCCAACAUCACCAUUCCUGUCCUUAAGGAUGUCGCAUUUUCUAUCCUGCCAGGCCAAUUUUGCGGCCUAGUAGGACCCUCUGGUGCAGGAAAAUCCACCAUCAUGAACCUGCUCCAGCAAAAUUACUGCCCAACAUGGGGUCGAAUUAAGAUUGAUGGCACUGAUAUAUCCGACCGAGAUUUUCGGGAUGACAUUGCCGUCGUGCCGCAGGAUAGCAUGCUCUUCAGUGGCUCGAUUCGCUUUAAUGUCGGGCUCGGUGCGGUAUCGGGCCAUGACGCGACCGAUACAGAAAUUGAACAGGCUUGCAGACUGGCCAAUAUUCACGAUACAAUCAUGAUCUUGCCUCAGGGUUACGACACUGAGUGUGGACCGAAAGGCACUCAACUGUCAGGUGGUCAACGCCAGCGACUCACAAUAGCGCGUGCUUUGGUGCGCAAGCCACGACUGUUGCUCCUUGAUGAGAGUACAAGUGCCUUAGACGCCGAGACGGAGCACAUCCUGCAGCAAGGACUCAGUCGUGCCGUUCGUGACUUCGGUACUACUGUCAUUGCUAUAACACAUCGUUUGCAUACUGUCAUGAGCGCUGAUGUCAUUUUCAUGGUGGAAGGCGGAACGAUUGUGGACUCUGGUAGUCAUGGCGAUCUGAUGGAAAAGAAUGAACAUUAUAGAUUAACUGUUCAGCAACAGAUGCUGCAAUAGGGAGAACUGAGAAUCAAUCCGUGUCAAUAACAAAUGAACCGAACAUAUCCUCGGCAUGUGGCAGCCCCAAUUAGUAUACACUUGAAAGGACGUGGUCAUGAAAGAAGUAAACGACUUGUUAUUAG